AUGGAUCACCAUCUACCUCGGCUGUCAGAGAAUGUGUAUGUAGGACUGUGUCAUAAAAUAGGGAGUCCAACAGAAGUGAGGUUCAGGAAAGAAGUUGCAGACACUAUUGAAGUGGUUGAUAAACCUGUGCACAUCAUGAGGGGAUUUGAUAGAAUGGUGAGUGGGAGUAGACGUGAGGGGUUCAGACUUCGAGGAUCAGAUGAAGAUUACAUGCUCUUGCCUCCAGACCACAAGGUGAUAUGUGAUAUCUCUCAAAUAAGUCAUUAUCGUAUCCCACAAAUCACAUUGAUUCUGAUGAACUGGGAUGAUCUUCCACCUGGAUUUACCAGAUUAAACCUGGUCAGUCGUUCAAAUGAAGCAAAAAUUAUUUCAUCCUGUAUAGAAAUAAACAACAAUGUUUUCAUUUCAAGUACUCUAUUUAGAGAAAACUAUUUGCAUUUUUUAAAGACCUGCAAUGUACCCAACAAUACUGCCGUCCCUCAUGGACCUUGUUCUACCUCUGUCGCAUUCCAAGGUAGAGAAACUGACAAGGCAUUCUGUUUUCAGUCACAUCACUGGCCUACGUCAGCACUACCAUGGAUACAGAGAUGUCGUGAACGGGGUUGGCCACACCAGAAUGUCAUCUUUGAUAUAUUAAGUGGAGGAUUUCAUGUUGUUCCGAUCGCAAGCACACCUGAAAAUGAACUAGAAUGGAGAAUCUCAUUCUCUAGAGCAGAACAAAAACUCGUUUAUUCAAUGAAUCAUUGUCAGUUUUUGUGUUAUGGUCUCUUCAAAAUUUUUCUGAAGGAAGUUAUUAAUAAUCGGCCGAAUACAUCCAAUCUCUGCUCAUACUUCAUAAAAACUAUUGUAUUUUGGGUCAUACAGACCAAAACGUCAUUGUCUUGGACACCUGAUAACUUAUUGUUUUGUUUCUGGAAAAGCUUUAAAUUAUUGAUAUACAUGGUACAUACUGGGGAAUGUCCAAACUUUUUUAUUCCACAAAACAACAUGUUUAGAGUGAAAGUCACUGGUUCUGUACAAACCUCGAUGUUUAGUCAGUUGUAUGAUUUGUAUAAUAAGGGAAUAUCAUGUCUACUAUUAAGUGAAACACUCCGACCUUUUCUCAGUAUUGCUAUAUUAAACAGAACAUUAGGAGUCUCUACAGACGAGAGCAGUGCCAUAUCCAUGGCAAAAUUAGAUAUGUGCUUAUUUAUUGAGUUAACAUCAUCUAAACAUAAUAUUCUGGAUUUAAAAGAAAUUGCAGCAAACAUAAAACAGGUAGAGAGAAUUAUAAGGGGAGGGUUGACAUCAUAUCAGCAAGUCAUUUUACAAUGUAUCACAUCAAAUGUGCUUCGCAAUACUGCCAUGCUCUUACAGAGUCUCCUAUCUCAAAAUGAAAAUCAGAAUAAGAUUAUUUAUAAAGCAAAAGUAGCCGCAUUACUGAAACAGUCGUGUAAGUUUGGUUGUUUAUCUGACAUUCUGUAUCUUGCUAUGUACUUCUACAGAACACGUAGAUAUGAAGACUCGAUCAGCUGUUUACAUAAAGCGCAAGAGAGGAUGUCAGUGCCGUAUAUCAUGUAUAGGAAUCGGUCAAAUCCAGAUAUAUACAGAAACUACAUGGAGAGGAAUACCCUUGGUACUAGGAUGAGGAGAGCUCUAGUGAGAGAUAUUAGGCUAAACGUUAUGGACAUUUACAUUGUUGAACUUGCGUUAGAGCAGAAAAUUUGUUCAAAAAAUGCGAUAUGGUCAUUAACCAUUCCACCUCUUGUGAUGUUGAACAUGUUGUUCAUACUGAAUCACCACAGACUGGGUGACACAGUCAGGUCACGACAAUCUCUACGUGAUCUACAGUCCCUCCUUCUCAGUGAUGAUGGAACUCAUGUACCCCAUCUCCUCAGAGAUAUUUCGUGGCAAAUCGUCGGAAUCUGUCAACAAAUCUUUGGAGACUAUUCAGGAUCUCUCCUGUCUUAUCAAAAAUCCCUACAACAAAUUCCAUUCAACAAGCUUCUGCAAGCAACAUUGUUCAGAAUAAACUCUGUUCAAAAUGAAGAGUUCUGA